AGUAUCGCUAGUGAGACUUUACAGUCCGUCCUAGACGGUUAAGUUUAUCGGUCGUUUCAACCACUCGGCAGCAACAAAAUUAUACUUUGGCAUCGAAUAAAAAAUUAUUCAACGACUUUGGUACGCAUAACCAAUAACUCAAUUAAUGGUCGAAAGAAAAAUCGAGUUCAUGAAGUGUUCGAACGCCUACUCGGUAAAAACGCGUCAAAUCAAUAUAGUCCUUUGUGAAAUUCACAUCUUGCUGUGAAUUUCUGGAAUUAAAAUGAAGUGUGUAUAUGUCCACGGAACAGUCUUUAAAUUGUCCUUAAUUCUUAUGUUGAUCCAGUAUGCAAAUGCCGCCCGUCCACACAUUGUGUUUAUUUUAGCAGAUGAUUUGGGAUGGAACGACGUCAGUUUUCAUGGAUCGUCCCAAAUAUUAACCCCUAACAUCGACGCUUUGGCCUAUUCGGGUUUAAUUUUAAACAAUUAUUACGUUUUGCCCAUUUGCACUCCGUCACGAAGUGCUUUAAUGACCGGAAAGUAUCCAAUACAUACCGGCAUGCAGCAUGAGGUCUUAUAUGGAGCAGAACCACGCGGAUUACCGUUAUCUGAAACCCUCUUACCACAAUACCUCAAAAGACUAGGAUACUCAACGCAUAUUGUUGGAAAAUGGCAUUUGGGUUCAUACAAAAAGGAAUAUACGCCCACGUUUAGAGGUUUCGAUUCGCAUUUAGGAUUUUGGACAGGUCAUCACGACUACAACGAACAUACGGCUAUGGAAAAAGGAAUGUGGGGUUUGGAUAUGAGGCGCAAUAUGGAUGUCGCCUGGGACUUACACGGGAAUUAUUCCACCGACAUUUUCUCAAUAGAAUCGGAAAGGAUUAUAGCAAAUCACAACAAAUCGAAUCCCUUAUUUUUAUACAUUGCACACGCAGCGGUGCAUUCGGGAAAUCCGUACAACCCCUUGCCGGCACCGGAUAGUAUCGUUGCGAAACUUCAAAGCAUUACUGACUACAACCGACGAAGAUUCGCAGGUAUGUUGACAAAGCUAGACGAAUCUGUUGGGAGAGUGGUACAAGCUUUACAAGCUAAUAACAUGUUGAAGGACAGCAUCAUUGUUUUCAGCACUGAUAAUGGUGGACCCGCGAAUGGUUUCAAUCUCAAUGCUGCCUCAAAUUGGCCUUUGCGAGGUGUCAAAAAUACCCUUUGGGAAGGAGGCGUGAGAGGUGCUGCAUUUUUAUGGAGUCCUCUAAUAAAGGACAAGCAGAGAGUUGCACUUCAAAAAAUGCAUGUUACAGACUGGUUACCAACACUCUACAGUGCAGCUGGUGGGGACGUGAAUAAAAUGGAAGACAUAGACGGCUACGACCUCUGGGAAGCUUUGAGCACCAAUAGCGAAUCUCCGCGAAAUGAAAUUUUGCACAACAUUGAUGAGCACUUUGGUGUAUCAGCUUUAACAGUAGGCAAAUGGAAGAUAUUGCAUGGUAGCACUUAUGAUGGUAUAUGGGAUCAGUGGUACGGUCCAAGUGGAAGGAACGGUUUUUAUAAUGCUACCAAGGUACUGACCAGUUCCGCAGGUAAGGCGCUAUCAAAAAUAAAGGAAUCUACAAACUGUUCAAUAAUUGCACAUUUACGGAAAAUGGCCGGUGUCGACUGCGCUAAAAAAAAAUUAGUGCACUGUAAGCCACUGAAAGCACCGUGUUUGUUCGAUACGGAAACCGACCCUUGCGAAAGGACUAACUUGGCAGACAAACAUCCCGAAAUGCUACAGAAACUUACGGAACGUUUACAGGAAUGGAAAUCAACUGCGAUUCCUCCAGGUAAUUUACCUAUUGACCAGAGAGGCAAUCCGAAACAUUUUGGAUAUACGUGGACCAAUUUUGGGGACUAUUUGGAUUAUUCUGUACUUAAAGCACAUUGAUUGGUACGCUGAUGCAUUUGCUUCGAUUGCACAAAAUCAACAAAAAUGUAUAGAUUAUGUCCUAUUUUUGCACACAUAAGGUAUAAAGGUACUACACAGAUCAUGGAAAUAUUCAGACAUAUGAGAAGUUUUCCUUUUUAAACAUGUCAAGUGAUGCAUUUAAUACCUACUUAUUUAAAGCGAUUUAAAGCCGUCUGUUGCACAUAAACUCACACAACCACUUCCCUGCUCGUUGUUCGAAAAUAAACUUUUU